GCAGCUCAGAGUCACUCGGUCUCACUUUGUGGCCGUCCCCCUCACCAGGAACUCCCUUCGCCCUGCUCUGUCUCCUUUCUGGCUCCUCACUGCAGGACCUUCUUCGGACACGCUCGAACCCCUGCAUUUAGUCGUCACCCCUGCCGCUGUCAUCAUGACGCCUACCCCGCCGUUGUUCCUGCUGCUUCUUGGCCUAAUAGGAGCUCAUGCCAGCAUCGAUGUCCGCACAGCCGCCGCCAUGGCGGCAGGUUUGUGCAAAACCCGUCCCACAGACCUCGUGUUCAUUGUUGACAGCAGUCGGAGCGUUCGCCCUUCAGAGUUUGAGCAAGUCAAGGUUUUCCUGGCUAAGGUCAUCGAGGGGCUGGAUGUUGGACCCAACGCCACCCGUGUGGGAGUCGUCAACUAUGCUAGCCGCGUCAAGAAUGAGGUGUCUCUCAAGACUCACCGCACCAAAGCAGGGCUGAUCAAGGCCGUGACCAAGAUCGAGCCCCUGUCCACUGGAACCAUGACAGGUCUUGCCAUCCAGUUUGCGCUGAAUGUGGCCUUCAGUGAGGGCGAGGGCGCUCGUGUCAAAUCUCCCGAUAUCAGCAAGGUUGCCAUCAUUGUGACAGAUGGGCGUCCCCAGGACAAUGUGAAGGAUAUUGCCUUGCGUGCACGCGACGCUGGCAUUGAGAUUUUCGCCAUCGGUGUGGGACGUGUGGACAUGAGCACCCUGAAGCAGAUGGCUAGCGAUCCUCUGGACGACCACGUUGACUACGUGGAGAGCUACAGCGUCAUUGAGAAGCUCACCAAGAAGUUCCAGGAGGCCUUUUGUGUGUCGGACCUGUGUGCCACCGGGGAUCAUGACUGUGAGCAGGUAUGCAUCAGCUCCCCCGGAUCAUUCAAGUGUGCCUGCAAAGAUGGCUUUACCCUCAUGGAUGAUGGUCGCAGCUGCAGUGCUUGCAGCAACGCUGCGACAGACGUGGUGUUCCUGAUCGAUGGCUCUAAGAGCGUUCGUCCUGAGAACUUUGAGCUGGUCAAGAAGUGGAUCAACCAGAUCAUCGACAAACUGGAUGUUUCUGACAGCAAGGCUCACGUUGGACUGGUGCAGUACUCCAGCUCAGUCAAACAGGAGUUUCCCCUGGGCCGCUACAACAACAAGAAAGACCUGAAGGACGCUGUGAAGAAGAUGGCUUACAUGGAGAGGGGAACCAUGACCGGUCAGGCCCUCCGCUAUCUGCUAGAUAACAGCUUUAACCCUGGUCACGGUGCCAGGCCUGGAGUCGCCAAGGUUGGCAUCGUCUUCACUGACGGACGCAGCCAGGACUACAUCGGAGACGCCGCAAAGAAGGCCAAGGAAAACGGCUUCAAGAUGUAUGCUGUCGGAGUGGGCAAUGCAGUAGAGGAUGAACUGAAAGAGAUUGCCUCUGAGCCGACCGCAGAUCAUUACUUCUACACCGCCGAUUUCAAGGCUAUGACCCAGAUCGCCAAGAAGCUGCAGAUUAACAUCUGCCAAGAUGAGGACCCUUGCGAAUGCGACUCCCUCGUGAAGUUCCAAAAGAAAGUAGAAGAUGCCCUACAGGCACUAACAAAAAAAUUAGAGAGUAUGUCGAAGAGGAUCGCCUUGCUGGAGAACAAAAUUGUCUGAGGACUCAAAUCCCACUUUCCACUAUACAGCUGCACACUCACCCACAAACACCCACACAGUUUUUUUUUUAAACUUCCUGUAAAAUACUGAAGAGGAAACCAUAUGUGUGUGUGUGUGUGUGUGUGUGUGUAUGAACCCUGACCUCUGCUUCUAUCCUGAAUCUCUCCCAAACCACCUCUGCCUCCUCCUUUCUUGGUCUUGUCCCUUUCACCGCUGGGUCUCCUGGGACACGAAGCACCAGUUGCCAUGGGGACCACACCUUUGUGUGCGCGCGCGCGCGCUCCGAAGGUCAUCCUCCAUAGCCAGCCUGUGUGUUUGUUAAUAAAACUCUUCCCUCAUAGGGAAAUGGUGACCGUACACUGAAGGUUUUCUUUUCUUAGUUGCUGCCACAAUGUUGGAUCUUCCAAAAACCCCAGAGUCUGUGUCUUGUCAUGUCAAACAAAGCAGCUCUUUACCUUCACUUGUCUGUUUAUAUGUCACUGUCAUCUUUCCUUCUCUCUCCAUCAUAUCUUCUCUUACCCACCACAAAGGUAUCUAAUAUAUAUACAGGUAAAUUAAUAUAAGAUAUGUCUGGUAAUAUGGAUGCACCAUUGAUGUUUUUUUUUAUUUUCCUAAAUAAAGGUGAUUCAGGAAGUAAA